CGUACACGACGUUCCGUCGCGGAUGACGGUUCAUUGAUUCAUCAUUUUCUCCCUCGCAUGGUGGAUGUCUAUCUAUUCCAGUAUAUCGGCUUGUCAACGCCGACUGACGCGCCAAAACAGCGAUCGGUCGGUCACCUUGUAUCCGUAACGACACGUGUCUCUCGCGAAAUUAUAAACGACCGCAACGCUUUCCCGAUCAGUCGACGAUAUUCGAUGUUACGCGAGAGUGCUAAAUUGUAAACAGUCUUUUAGCGUCUUUUAGCAUUCGGAAAGUUCUGUAAAUUUGCAGCAAUUGGGAGUGGAAUUCGAUUGCUGCGAUUGUUAGUCGAUUAUUGCGACGCUUCAUCGUCGCAGUCUCGAGUGCGUGAAACGUAAAGGAACAAAAAGUGAGAGAAGUUACUGAUUUGGCAUUUAUUUACGUUGAUAGUACGUCGUAGUUAUGUACGUUGGGGAUUAAUUCAAUAUUGAAUCGUACAUUACAAAUGACAAUAGAGUUUCUCGACGAUAUUUGAUGCAAGAGUGCUAAACAGUCUUUUAGCGUCGUUUAGCGUUCGGAAAUGUCCAUAAAUUCGCAGCAGUCGAGAAUUUAUGUACGUUGAUGAUUAAUUCAAGAUUAAAUCGUUACGUAAAUGUUGCAGCGGGAAACAGGAUAGGUCUCUCUAUUGAAUCUUCUCUCUAAUACAGCUAUAAUUAUAAUCGAGUUGAGCCAUAAUAUAAACGAGAUUAUAAUUAUAUCGUUCAUGAUACUCUGAUUGCGGCGAACGAGCGCGGGAUAAUUAUACUUUCACAAGGACGGGAACGUUUGUCUUGUCGGAAAAUAAGGAACGAACGUGCUCACUUUUAUCAGCGCCCCGUUCGAUUCGUUACUUCGAGAGGAUUACCCUCGAAGGAGCAAUACAAGCAUCCUGUCUGCAUCGGGCAUCCGGGAUGCAAUUACUUUCGCAGUCCAUCUCCGUAGUUGAUGGGCGAGCCAAAAAUUGAUGAGAGACCACCACAUUCCGCCCGGUUCAUCUAGCUAUCCCCUUCCGUUGACCCGAGAGGAUAAGAAAAAGAGGAUACAGCUCAGUCCCAUUGCGAGUGGCAUGAUCUAACAGUCCAUUAGCGACCCAUUAACGAUCCAUCAACGGAGGAGGGUUUAUCUGGCUGACAGAUUAUCCAGACAUUUCUCUGUUUGCACGCGCGAUAUCCGAGACCGAUAUCGGAGUAUCGAGUGCAUACGCGAAGGGAACACGCAUCACGUGUGUCGUCGUCAUCGGCAUUGUCAUCAACAUUGUCAUCGCGAUGAACUGGACGAGUUUUUGAUAUACUCGCACGCAGGGCGACUUUGUUGUCAUGAGUGCGGCGAGCGACAAUGGGACCUACGAGUUCUGGUGGGACUGGGACCUGGCCAACCUCACCGAGGCCGAGUAUCUGAACAAGGUGCUUGGGCUCAAGUACCUGCCGCUGAGCAUGGUGAUACCACUCACUAUCGCCUACGUGCUAAUCUUCGUAGCUGGCGUAUUCGGCAACGUAGCCACGUGCACCGUCAUCGUCCGCAAUGCGUCCAUGCAGACCGCCACCAACUACUACCUCUUCAGUCUGGCCAUAUCUGACCUCACUCUACUUAUACUCGGUCUUCCCAAUGAGCUGAGCGUGUUCUGGCAGCAAUAUCCGUGGGCUCUGGGUGUAGGACUUUGCAAGAUCCGUGCAUACGUGUCGGAGAUGUCAUCCUACGUGUCGGUUCUUACGAUAGUGGCGUUCUCCAUGGAGAGAUAUUUGGCCAUCUGUCAUCCGCUGCGCGUCUACUCGAUGAGCGGUCUGAAAAGACCGACUCGCUUCAUCCUGGCGGCCUGGUUGAUCGCGAUGGUCUCGGCGAUACCGUUUGCAAUUUAUACCAAGGUCAAUUUCGUCGAAUAUCCGCCAGGCUCGGGGAAUUAUUCGGCUGACUCGGCGAUUUGCGCGAUGCUUCUGCCCGACAUGCCAAAAUUUCCUCUUUACGAGCUCAGUUGCAUCGUAUUCUUUCUGAUACCGAUGCUCGUGAUCCUUGUGGUAUACACAAGAAUGGGCAUAAAAAUCAAAAGCGCUACCAAAGAAACACUGGGUCCGAUACAGGGCAAUGUUCAUGGCGAUUAUCGACAGGUUCAAUCCAGAAAGUCUGUCAUCAGGAUGCUAAGUGCGGUUGUCAUCAUGUUCUUCGUCUGCUGGGCCCCAUUUCACGCUCAACGUCUGCUUUACAUUUACGCCCAGGAGUCUGACUAUUACCCAGACUUAAAUGAAUGGCUGUACAUCUUGAGCGGCUGUCUAUAUUAUUUCAGCACUACUGUCAAUCCGAUUCUCUAUAAUUUGAUGAGCAUCAAAUAUCGUCAGGCAUUCAAACAAACGAUAUGCUGCAAAAUGAAGCCUACAAGCGGUACUUUGACGGAUUCCCAUCAGUGCAGAUGCGACUCCUCGAACGAAGCUCACAAUCGAAGUGUUAUGUGUUUCGUAAGGCUCACUAUCGUGCAAGCCAAAGAAAUAUCUUGUUUUACGCCUGACAGAGAAGAGAGUGCCAAGAAUAGUAGAAGGAAUAACGGGAAUGCGAGCAGUUUUCCUCGAAAUGCGUGUUUGUUACAAAAGGAAGAUUCAUCCUUGGAACCUCUCUUUGAACGAGGGCAUUUCCUUGCUCACCAGCAACCGAGCAAUGAAAGCACAACGUCCACGAGAAAGUCGGAGGAUACCGUUUCCAUAGCUAAAAGCAAUCUGUGAUCUAUUUCUAUUCGCUAUUUUAAGGCAAAUGUAACAUUGUAAAUCAUUUUAGAUAACUUAAACUGUCAAUUGUAAUCGUCUAAAGAUUUUACAUUAUACAAGAUGUAAAUAGCUAGAUGAUUUGAAUCGUCAAUUGUUAUAAAGAUCAAGCGAUAAGAAUUUUAUAUUAUUUAUUCCGGAAUAAACUUUUACAUAUUACACUCUCGACACUUUACGCAUUUGUGAAUUUAUACGAUAUUAAAAAACAAAGCGUUUGAAAGAUCGAAGAUAAAAUAUGAAAGAUAAAAUAUUUGUAUCAGAAUCUGAUGCGAUUAUUUUUAUGCAAAUAGUAACACACUUUAAUAAGUGUUUUAAUAAAAAUAGAUUUGCAGUUAUAAUUGCUCGUAUCAUCGUUUGAUAACAAUUGUCAUCAAAUUCUGAUUUGUUUUAAUAGCGAGAUUAUCAGUCCGUUUGCAAUCGACUGAUCUCCGAUAGGUGAUGCAUGUAAUCCGCGUAAAUAAAAUAUUAGUUAUAUCAGCGCGAGGCUUUUGCCGAAACCAUUCACAUCGAGUAUAAUGCUCGAUUAAUCUUUCUGUAAUAUAUUGCCACAACAAAAUGAUCGCAUACAUAA